GUCCCAUCCAUUAGUAAUACACGAGCGGAUCUAAAAAAGUAAAAGUGCAUAUUUACUUAUGCCGAGUUCAUUUUCAGUUAUACUGUGUUAGUAAACAUAUUCGUGUAGUUAACACAUCUGUAUACUCAGAUCAUUGUUUAAUGUUGUAUUGUGGUAUACAUCAUUACAUGAUACAGUGGCAGAGAUGCGAAAACUGUCGCUUUAGCGAAAAGUAGGCUUACCUAGCGCCUCGUCACUGCCACAGUGUUGUGUUGUUGACCGAGGACCACAUCGUGUUGUCGACGGUCUCGACCACUUUUUGUACGCACAAUUAACACUUUUUAAUGGCAACUGAUCCAGAGACCAAUUAUCCAUUGGCUAUAUUAGUCUUAUCGCCAUUAAAGUCGUUUACGGGAAAUCUGAUAACUGCAGAACGAAUAAGGAAAUACUUCCGGAAUCAUCGCAUCUUUGGGUUCGUCAAAGAUCCACGAGAAUUUGCCACGCUCGAAGCGUUUCAUGGUUUCCUAGAGCUAUACCAGGUAGCAACAGUGAUAGCAAUACAUGCUAUUCACUGUGGCAAGCUCCUGCAAGAUUGCCCAGUACCGUACGCUGUAAUAUUCGGUGGAACUGACGUAAAUCACGGCGGCGUGAAUGCAGAUUGUUUCCCCAUGAUGACAGAUGUUGUCAUAAAUGCAAGGAAACUUGUUGCCUUUACGGACCUGAUGGCAAGACAGGUGCUGGAGCUGUGGCCAGACGAUAUCUCUACAGACAAGAUUGAAGUCAUUCCCCAGGGUGUCAAGCUGAAUCCGUCGGAGCUGUUCUCGAUUUCUGCCCACCUGAAGUUGGUCUUCUCCGUCACGUGUGAGAAGCCAGAGAUCUACAUGCUAGUUGCCGGCGUGCGGCCCGUCAAGGACCCGCUGUACCUAGCCGAAGCUUUCUCUGAUUGGCAUUGCUCAGUAAACAGUAAAGCUUAUCUUGUGAUAGUUGGCCCACCGUUGGAUGAAGACUACUUAAACCAAUUCCAGGCUGUCGUUUCUAGGUUGCCAGGCGUGCUCUUCAUCCCUGGCCUCCAACACUCUGACAUGCAGGCGGCGAUACGUGACAGUCACGCUCUCAUCAACUCUUCGCGCAGCGAGGGUCAAUCUGUCGCCAUACUGGAAGUAAGCCCCCUUACCUGUAAUAACCACACGCUGCAUUUAAAACCGCUGCGAUGGCUCAACUGGUAGAGUGCUUGCCUCGCA